AUGUCGUUCAGUUCCCCAUCCGAUAUCGAGGUUACCACUCGUCAAAUCCCGGAAUGGAAAGAUAUUCCCAACACAUCCAUACAGUCUAAGCCGCUUAUGAUAUAUCAUCACGCUUUUGAGGCGUCUCCAAGGCAGCUUCAGGCGCGUUUGGAAGAAAUCGGCGAGGUCGAACCACAGUGGGUUUAUACUAUGUAUCAGCAGACGCAUUUCCACAGUACAACGCAUGAAGUUUUGGGAGUGGUCUCCGGACGCGCUCGUCUCUGCUUUGGCGGUGAAGCAAACCCCAGUCGAUUUGAGCCGACGGUUGAGAAAGGCGAUCUUAUCAUCGUUCCCGCUGGGGUAGGCCACCGCCUCUUAGAGGAUCUCGGCGCGGAGAGUUUCAGCAUGGUGGGUGCCUAUCCUCGAAAUAAACAUUGGGACAUGUGCUAUGGACAACCAGGGGAGGAGACAAAGCUCAAGGCUAUCGAAAAGCUCGACUGGUUCCAUAGUGAUCCCUUGUACGGAGCCGAUGGCCCCGUUCUCCACGUCUAA